CCUGCCCGCCCCCGGCGAUGGAGCAAUGGGAAAUUCCUUCACGGCACACACCGCGCCAAUGCCUUGUGCAAGGGCAGCCUGGAGACGCGAGGCAGCGAAGGGAAGACUAGGGAGGGAUUUUUAAUUCCUUUUUGGAGAAAUCAGACCGUGUGUGAAGGGGCAGCUGAGCUCCCUCUGCUCCAUUGCAGCGCUUGGCUUGCUCGCCACCUCCUUGAUUCAAGCAGAUCGCGACGGCAGUUGCCUUCAGCCCCCCCUCCCACCCCCCAGCUCCCACCCCCUUUGCCUUGCUCACCUGGGAAGGUGAAGAAUGCAUCUCCAAUAUUGGGACGGAUCCCUGCUGCAAUGAGACCUGAGCUGUGUCUUGAAGACAGCGACACUGGGAUCGGCAGAUGGUGUGUGCUUGAGCCACAAGAACAGCUCUAAGUUGCUACAGAUUGGCUACAUAUCGAUUAGGAGAAGAUGGCCAUCUCCUUGAAGAUCUGCUUCUUCACUCUUGUGCUCCUUCCUCUGGUCGCAGCGACGCACUCAGACUGCAUCAUCAGAAAGGAGCAGGAGGCCUGCCUGGAGAAAAUCAAGAGAGCAAGUGCCCUCAAUCCACUGAAUGAGUCCUCCCCAGGAUGCCCUGCGAUGUGGGAUAAUAUUACAUGCUGGAAGUCGGCAAGUGUGGGCGAAAUCGUCUUUGUCAAGUGUCCUGCUCUGUUCAGUAUUGUUAACUCGGAAGACGGUUGGGAAGUGGAUAACAUGGGGCAAACUCAUCCAGGUGAUUUUGACCUAUUGGAUAGCACAGGCCAAACUCCCUUAGAUGUAGGGGACAUCAGCAGAAACUGCACAGAAGAUGGCUGGUCUGAACCUUUCCCUCAUUAUUAUGAUGCCUGUGGGUUUGAUGAAAAUGAAACAGAGUCUGAAAAUCAGGAUUACUACUACCUCUCCGUGAAGGCUCUGUACACAGUGGGAUACAGCACGUCCCUUGUAUCCCUCACCACAGCAAUGGUUAUCCUGUGUCGUUUCAGGAAACUUCACUGCACUCGGAACUUUAUUCACAUGAACCUCUUUAUUUCAUUUAUUCUACGAGCAAUAUCCGUCUUCAUCAAAGAUGGGAUUUUGUAUGCGGAACAGGAGAUUAACCAUUGUUUUAUAUCUACUGUGGAAUGCAAAGCAGUGAUGGUCUUUUUCCACUAUUGCGUCAUGUCCAACUAUUUCUGGCUGUUCAUUGAGGGAUUGUACCUUUUCACCUUACUGGUGGAGACCUUUUUCCCAGAGAGGAGAUAUUUUUAUUGGUACACCAUCAUCGGCUGGGGCACCCCGACAAUUUGUGUCACUGUCUGGGCUGUGCUGAGACAUCACUUUGAUGAUAUCGGCUGCUGGGACAUGAAUGAUAACACUGCCCUGUGGUGGGUGAUAAAGGGCCCCGUGGUUGGAUCAAUAAUGAUAAACUUUGUUCUUUUCAUUGGCAUAAUCGUUAUCCUUGUGCAGAAACUCCAGUCGCCUGAUAUUGGGGGCAACGAAUCCAGCAUUUACUUCAGCUGCGUUCAGAAAUGCUACUGUAAGCCCAAGAGGGCUAACCAGCACUCUUGCAAGAUGUCAGAACUAUCCACCAUUACCCUGAGGCUGGCCCGCUCCACUCUGCUGCUUAUCCCCUUGUUUGGAAUUCACUACACAGUGUUUGCCUUUUCUCCUGAAAAUGUCAGUAAACGGGAGAGACUAGUGUUUGAAUUGGGACUGGGAUCUUUCCAGGGCUUUGUCGUUGCUGUUCUCUAUUGUUUCUUGAAUGGGGAGUUUCUCCCUAAAGGUGCAAUCAGAAAUAAAGAGAAAAUGGAGGAGCUGGAAAGUCAACCGGUAUUUUGCUGUGGAUUUCAAACAUCGCCAUCCCUCUCUGGCGAGCAGCGGAGUGAACGGGGGGACACAACUCUCCAUUCUGAGCAAGAGCAGCUCUCAGAUUCGGAUGUCCAGCAUAAAUGCGGAGAAUCUAGUGACAUGAGCAACUAAAUAACCCCUCCCCCGAAUAAAACCCAAGACACCCCUUUAAAAAGAAAAAAAAAUCAUAAUUUUGGUGGUGUGGGUUUUCUUUUUUAAUGAUUAUUAUUAUGAUUUUUUUAAUGUAAGAUGUGUCCAAAAGCAUGAAACAAAACAUCCCUGGCGUUUUGCAGAGAAGAAAAAAAGGAUAUUUUUUUAACGAUCAUUGUAAAUACACCACUAAGAUCCAUGCCAUUGACAAAAAAAAUCAAUAAAACGCCAAGCCCACCCCCACACACCCAUUUAGAGCAUCUGCAAGUAAUCCAUUGUCAGCCAAGUGUAUCAAGUGAUUGCUGUGCAGUUGUGAACAUUGGUUGCCAAACUGAUAUAAAUCUGUCUGUGCAUGGACUUCAUUGUUGUUAUUUUGGGGGUCUGGGUUUGUUUGUUUUUUCUAAUCCAAUGCAUCGUCACUAUGCCUCAUUCCCAUCUUUGUUGUCUCAAUAUUCUCAGUCUCUUUGGAGUCUUAGGAUAUAGCUAUAACGUUGGGAUUAAUAAUGCCGGCCAGUUCACCAAGGACUCUGGAAAUGGAUUUCAUGGCUGGAUUUGGUCAGAAGAACUCAGCGGACUUAGAACAUCUGCUGUGACUGUGUGAGACAGCAUACCUGUCACCAUUCUGGAGAGAGGAAUCCAUGCAGCAGAGAUGGGGGUCUGCUAUUUUAGGUUCUAGCUAAGCUGUGAAUUUUCUAAGAGGGCCAUCCAUUUGAGAGAGAUCUAUAUUUUUGGGGUUGAUAGGUUAGAGUUUUGAGUAAUGUGAACAAAGAUUUCUCCCCCACUUCCCUUCCCCCCACUAAGAGGCAAAGGUCAGUUCCAGGAUUCUCGCUUCCUCUGAAUUACACUGAAACUCCUGCAUCAAUGUCUGAUCAUUGCACUGCGACUGGUAGUGGCAUGACGUGUGUGUGUGACCUCUGCGACCAGGCUGGCAUUGACAGUGUUAGGCCUCAAGUUUGCGAGCACAAGAGACUCAACAGGGGUCCAACAUGGUGGUGCAGGAAGAUUAAUGUCCUCAGUGUCUGUAGAGCACCUAAGCUGAACAGUAAGACACUAUGGAAGGGAAUGAUAAAGACUUUGGAUGAUUGACCAUAUCUGGCAGUUUCUUCUAUCAUUGGAUCUUUUGUUUGUUCACCAACAGAUAUCAUUAAUGCCAAUGUCAGAGAGACAAAAGAAAAAGUCCUUUCCAACUUUGCCUUGUAGUAGAGCCAUGACUGGAUACAUAUCUACUUCAGUCAAACAUCAAUGAUGUCAAUUAUUUCUUGAGAGGUUUUAUGUGGUGCAUAAAGGCUUUAAGGACUGUAUUUGCUUUUAUUUCUUUGUGGAUUUAUAUGUGAGUGUAUUAAAAAACAAAAUGACAUUUAAAUAUGAUGGUUUGCACUCAAACUAACAACAACCAGGGAAUUCAAAAUUAUGGUUAGCUCUUUGUUCUUAAUUGAAAUGAAAAAGAAAAUGGGGGGAAGAUAUAGACACAAAAUUUUCCUGUCAGCAGAGAUUUUGAUUUCACUGGGCUUUGUUAGUUUAGUUCAAAACUUCUAAUGCCAUUUUAAAUAUAGUUUUUUUUUAAAAAUAGUUUCCUUGUUUUUAAAAGGAAAAAGUAAUGAAAAGUUAUGAAAGAAGUAUUAAUUAUAAUACUUAACACUUAGUGCUUUAUGGGACGUAUUCUGCUCUUAGUUACAGCAGUGUAAAUCUAAAAUAAUCCCAGUAGAGUUAGGGGUCAAUCCUGCAAUCCAUUGAUAUGGAUGGAUCACUUAAUGAUUACCUGUUGUGUU